GGUGUUGGGUGUUAGCAUAGUCAGCGCCAUAAAACAAUAACUCGAUUGUGGCGAUAAUGAACAUACACACUGCAUGUUGCAUAACGUCACUGCUACCACUGAAGGUACAGUGUGUGUGUGUGUGAACAACAUCCAGUGGUUGAAUGUCCUUCCUCUCACCUUCUUUAUCAAAGUUUCAACAAACAUCAAACAAAAAACAUUGGUUUGUCAACUAAUGGCUAACCUGAAACCCAGUGAUUUCACUCCAGUCGUUUCCUUAUCAGCUUUAAUCUUAUGUUUAUUAUAACAAAGUGCAGCAUAUGUUAAGGAUUCAAUGCUGAGUUUGUAGGAUGAUUAAAAAAGGGAGAGUGAAUAUUUUAGGGUUCACUUCUGUCUUCCUCUGGUUUAAGAAGUCACUCAGAGAAAACGGAAUUAAACGAUGAGUCAUAAGAAACCAACCUGUUUAUCGUGUUAAUCUUGUAAAUUAUGAUCCAAGUUACAGAUUAGUUGGGAAUGACACAUUCAGGGAACACUGUAUAAACUUUAAACUUUUUUUUAUAGAUGUCCUUGGUGUUUCAUUUUCUUUUAAUUGAUUUAUUUUUACAUGUAAAAAGAUCCCAGAACCUCUGACGGUGUCUGUUUCAUUUUCUCUGUACUGCUGUGUUUAAUAUUUAUGCUGAAGUGACCACACAGAGAGUUUUGUAUUGAAUUUUUUGAAAGGAGAAGCUGGAGAACAAUCGCCUGCUGAGCACAGAGAGCCAUUUUAUAUUCUGUGUUUUUUUUUUUUAAAUCUUGUUUUGUUUGUGUUAAAAUAUAAGUCAAAUCUUUGACUGAGUAGUAACUUAUCUUCUUAGCUGCCAGUCAGUUACAGAGUAAAUGUUCAUUGUGAGGGUAGUCCAUGUCGAUCACAAUUAACUAUUUUGUGACAUUUUAAAGAUAAAGAAUUGCAUAGCUGUAAAUAUGAAGGUUUAAAGGAGUAGGUUGAUAUGUUCUUUAAAAUGCAAGUUCCGUUUACUAAAAAAAAAAAAGAGAGAAAAUACGAUGAACGGUCGUGGAGACGUCACUCUUCAGCACUCACACCCCUGAGUCCACAUUAGUCAGUAUUAAAUCUCGUAAAGGAAAACAUAUUGUGUUUGUUUUCCAGCUAGUUUGCAGGGUUUCUAUUUGCUGUCAGUCAUCUCAAAGUUCACAAGACCAGUCUUGCGGGAACAGAAGUGUGUUUACACUCAGUUGCUCACUGGUAUGACUUUCAACAAUAACAACAACACAAGAUGUUUGGACUUGCUGGCUGCCAUGGCAACAGGGAUUAGUCAAAGGCUGUUGUUGUGUUGAUGGUGUCCACAGAAAAAGGGGAAAAAAACAGUGAGGCCAACUGGCUUAUCUGGACGAGACCUAUUUUCAAUACUCUGGUGGUCACCUCUGCGAGUGUUGAGUUUCGUAGGGAAGGACGACGGAGGAAGAGGUCUGCUGUGUUUUUGUGAACCCAGGGCUCAGUGUGAAAAUCACUGUCAGUUUGUUUACCCAUUUCAAAACAGACACUGCCUCAGAGAGAGAUGUUUGUUUGUGGAUCAGACCUUAAUUAAAAUACGAAUCUCCAGUUCUGUUUUCGUAAACAGACCCUGCAUGCUUUUUUUUAUUUAUUAUUUAUAUCCCUGUGCAAUUUUUGAUUACUGUUUAUGUUUACAGUAAACAUCCCUUGAGCUGUGAGCCUUGACAAUGAGUGGGGGGAGGGUGUGGCAAUUACAGCAUUCCUAGCCGAGGAUGUUGUUGUUUUCGUGGGGCUGGUUGUUUUCGUCCUCGUCGUUGUUGUUUUGAUGAAGCUCACAUUCCUCCCCCGGGGGCCUCCGGUGGUGGUGGUGUUGUUGUUGUUGUUGUUGUUGUUUGUUUAAUUUUUAGCACAGAAGAAAUGGAAGGCAGGCUCAGUCUGCAGGCAUGACCUCCAAAGAAGAACCAAUGAAUAAUAAGGCAGUAUUCUCACUGAGUGACCAUGAAUUAUUUUAUAGGUUUGAGGAAGAGGCACACAAGCAGAAUUCUAAUGAAUUUAGGCGGCGGCCAAAAAAAAAAAACAGAACUAAUCAGCAUCUCUUCAAAUCAUGGAAGGAACAAUGCAUAAUAUUACAUUUUGUGAUGGGUUUGUUAAAUACACUGGUUUUCAACUAUAUUUUUUGAAGAAAAAAAACAAAAAACAAACCAGGUAAAACAUUGCAAAUCCAGGCUGACAGUUAGGUUUCUGAUUUUAAGCUAAAAAAUAAUUCAUCUUAUUGUGAAACGUUGGCAAACAAAAUAGCAACUGUUAGACAAAAUUAAAUAACCCCAUGUCCUUGAAGCACUUUUUACAGGGGGGCAAGUCAAGGGCAAAUAGAACUCAUUCAACUGCCACCUUCGUCCCCCCCCCAGGCUGGACAUUUUUGUGAAGGGGUUAGAUUUGUUUAAAUCUUGCAAAUGUAAACGUUUGGUAAUCCAACACCACAGACUCCACAGUUAACUCUUUCCUUUUAACUUCUAUUUUUGCCAAUAAAAUAUAUAAAUAUAAACUAAUGUCAAAUUAAUCUGGCAAAGUGGAUCUCGAAAAUAAAACGUCAGAGGGUUUUGUGGCUGUGGUGGUUGUAGGUCAUUUUAAGCCUAGGUUUUUUUUUUGUAUUUUUAUUUUUCCACAAAGGGUUUAAUUUCAGUUCUACACAGCAGCUAUUUUGGUGGUGGUUAGAACAUGUUAAAGCCACUCUAUAAAUCAUUAGUUAUCCCUAUUGAUUUGAAAAGAAAAACAAUUAAUUGAGACCAGCACAUAUCUUUAAUUUUGUUCAAUUGUUUUGCUAAAUAUAAUGUACAAAAUUGACACAAUCUGUUAAUAGAUAAUUUGAAUUCUUAGAACUGUCCCUUUUCCAUAUAUUUAAGGUGAUUAUUUCUGACAUGAAAUAAUCCUCUGGAUUAUAGAGAGAUGGCCUUUUGUUUAUGUGUAAAUCUACUGGGGUUUUGUUCCCAUUGAAAAGAUUGGGUGUGUUUUGUACACAAUACACACAGACACACAACAACCUACAUAUUUCAUAUUUCAGUGUUUUGUUAUUCAGACUGUCAAUUUAUCCUUUAUUCCUUCAAAUGGAGCACUUAUUCCAAGUCUGUGGUGUUGAUUGUAACUCAUCUCUCCUUGUUAUUAUUGUUUUAUUUCAUUAAAACUGUAGGUUCCAUUGUCCCUGCCUGUGAUGACCCCACCAGCAGAGGCACCACAGCAACUUCAGCAGACACCACAGCAGCCCAUUCUCAGCCCUCAGCAGCUCCAAGCUCUGCUCCAGCAGCAGAAAGCACUCAUGUUACACCAGCAAAUUCAAGAGGUCUUCAAGACUCAGCAAGAGCAGCUCAACAUGCAGUUGCUGCAGCAGAAGAACGCUGGGAUCGUGAGCCAAGAGCUGACGGCCCAACAGAUUGCAAUCCAGCAGCAGCUCCUUCAGAUGCAGCAGCAACAUCUCCUCAACCUUCAGAGACAAGGCCUUCUGUCGGUCCUCCCCAACAGUUCCUCCACAGCUGCAGCUUCUGACAUAAGCAGCGCCUUGUCUGUGGCCGGAGACGGCAGAGAGUCUUCCAAUCAUCUGACCUCUACCAAUGGUCACUCUGCUCUUCUGAAAAGGAAAGAAAGUGGGACGGGAGAUGACAACACACAGAACAGCCAUCCUCUGUAUGGAAACGGCAUGUGUAAAUGGCCUGGCUGUGAAACCGUCUUCGGAGACUUUCAAGGAUUUCUUAAACAUUUGAACAGCGAACACACGCUGGACGACAAGAGUACGGCACAGUGUCGUGGGCAGCUGCAGGGGGUUAAGCAGCUGGAAUUACAGGUAGAAAGGCCAUAGGAGCGACUGCAGGCCAUGAUGGCUCAUCUUAAAUCCUCUGAACCCAAAGCUGCGACGCAGCCUGUGAAUCUUGUGUCUAAUGUCUCCUUCUCCCAGACAAGGCUGCCCAAAGGCCCCGCCCCUCCCAUGAGUCUGUCUCAGAGUGCCACAGCACCGUCCACGCCCCUGACACCGGUCUCUGAAUCCUCCUCAGUCCUCACUCCCAAUAGUGUGUUCACUGGUACCCCCGUACGGAGACGGUACAGUCGCUCUGUGAGCCAAGAUAUCAUUGACAAUAAAGAGUUCUACUUAAGCACAGAAGUCAGACCUCCGUUCACAUACGCCUCUCUCAUCAGACAGGCAAUAUUUGAAUCACCUCGAAACCAGCUGACGCUAAAUGAAAUCUACAACUGGUUUACAAGAAACUUUGCAUACUUCAGGCGCAAUGCAGCUACGUGGAAGAACGCGGUCCGACAUAACCUCAGUCUCCACAAAUGUUUUGUACGUUUGGAGAACGUUAAAGGAGCGGUGUGGACGGUGGAUGAGAUCGAGUUUCACAGACGAAGGCCCCAGAAAACUGGGGGUAACGGAUCAAUAAUGAAGACUUCUCAGAAUCGUCAGAGUUUAGCAGGAUCUGCUGCUCAGUGUGGUGGUCUGGAAGGCAACAGCGCCCUCUAUCAACAUGGCCCGAUGGGCAGCAUCCCGCUUCACUCACUGCCUCACAUUCUUCAAGAGCAGAUGAACGGGGCCCUGGCUAAUGGAUCUGGAUACCACAGUGACAGCAGCGCCACCCAGUCUCCUCCACAGGCACUCAUCAAAGAGGAGCAGGAGGACGAAGAGAUCUCUGAAAACUACCCCUAUGAAUCUCCUGAAAGCACGUACGAUCACUGUCACAGCCCGGAGACGAACCAGGAUGAAGAACACAGCAGCCCGGGGAGGUACAACCUUCACCUGGAUCGUGUGCCUUCCCUCUGAUGAUGAGGUCCUGGUCCACUCACAGGCUGUGUGACUUUGUGUUCUACAAACAACUUUACCUAAAUAACCAAACCACUAUGUUCAUGGGAUGGUUUUUGUUUUUGUUUUUUUCCCCCCCAAUUCUUGGUCACGAUUUAUCUGCCUAUUAUUUUAUCAUCUCUUAUCUCUCUGUACAGUAACAUGGAUGUCACAAAAAACACAGUUGUGAAUUUUGUCUUUGAUUUUUUUUUUUUAUAUAUGUAUCUGUACGCAAAUGACCUUGAUGAGGAGAUAGGCCAAAGGAAAGGGAACAUAGAUAGUUAGCACUUCACAACAAAACAUUUCUCUCCUCUUUGUAGCCUCUGUAUGUCAUGCUGGGAGGACACACUACCUGAUGUUAUUUUAUUAUUCAUUGUGUUGAAAAAAAAAUAAAGAUGAAGUAAAGAAAUAAUGCUUUAAAAAAAUUUAAAAUGUUCACUGCCAACAUGAUCGAAAAAUUUGCAUUUGUGCCAUAAUCAUGUGAUCAAAAAGAAGAUUUUAGCUUCUUUAUACUUGUUGGUCUUUUUCCAUGAACAUUGUCAUAACUUGCUCAGACGGAGCCUGUAAGAGUAGAUACUAUAGAUUUGCCGUUAUUGUAAACCAAUGCAUCUCUGAAUAAUAAAUUCCCUAUGAUAUAUGUAAA